CGGACCAAAAAUUACGCGAGAGCUUAUUUCCCUCUUUCCUUUUCCCUCGUCAUUUUUCACUCUCCCUCCAUUUCAUUUCACAAAACCAAAACCCUAAUUCCUAAUCCGUGAAUCCCUUUUUCCCUAUUUCGUGAACCAAAUGAGGAGAGUCUGGAUCAAGAAACAAUUAACUCUAUCCUUUGUUCUAACAAAGGCGUUCUCCAUGUUUUUCACUAAGCCAAAGGCUCCGCCGCGCCGGAAAUUGCCUCUGGCAGUGGCGAAGGUCAAAACCUCCAAAUAAACAUAUCAAAUUGCUCGCCUUGACUCAUCUUCCACAAUCUAAAAUCUUCUUCCUCUGAUUUUUAACCAAAUUCUCAAACCGAAUCGAAAUACCUAUGAACCCUAAUUCACGAAUUCAAAAAUUAAACAUUGUGAUGAAGGAAUCAAAGCCUACAGUGUUAGGACUUUGAUUCCUCAGGUUCGAGGCUACAUGACUGCAACUUGAAUCAAGGAAAAAUGGAAGAAGAACGAAGAAAUACUACCUACGAGGAUGAGAAGUUCCCCGGUCUUGUAGGGAUUGAUGAAGAUGAGGAUGAACAAAGAACAAGCUCCACUCAGGUAACUCUGAAUCUAUUGCUCCUUAUUCUCUCUGAUUCUUUAUUUUUCUUCUCCAAUCUCUUUAGCCUAUAGGUUCUGACUAUCCUUGUUUUGUGGUUGUUGUUCUUGUGAUGUGUAUGAGAGAUACAGAGAGUUGAGAAUUUAAUGAGAGUUGAGAAUUUGAUGAGAGUGAGAGAAUUUGUGAUGAGCGAUUGGUGAUGAUUGAAAAAUGAUUAUGUGUAAAAAAAUGAUUGAAUGAUGAUUCUGCAGUGACCGGAAAUGAUUCCAUCCCUUAAAUGAUUGAUGAUGAUGUUGAUUUAUAGAGUGAGAGCGGUAAUAGUGUUUUUCUAGUAGUGUAAGUGAAGAAGAAGAAAAUGGAAAAGCAGAGAAAAAAGAUGAAUCAUCGCCGAAGAUACUUUGCCUAGCGGAAGGGUUAUGGGAAUGUGCUGUUUUAAUAUCGCCGUUCUUCUUCUGGGGCACUGCCAUGGUGGCGAUGAAAGAAGUGCUUCCUAAAUACAGUCCUUUCUUCGUUUCGUCUUUUCGUCUCAUUCCAGCUGGGUUCCUUCUCGUUGCUUUUGCUGCUUCCAGAGGAAGGCCUUUUCCCUCUGGCUUUAAUGCUUGGCUUUCCAUUUCGCUCUUUGCUCUCAUAGAUGCUGCCUGCUUUCAGGGAUUUCUCGCAGAAGGGUUGGAGAAGACUUCAGCUGGUUUGGGCAGUGUUAUUAUUGAUUCACAACCUUUGACAGUGGCUGUACUUGCAGCUUUGUUGUUUGGUGAGUCCAUUGGAAUUAUUGGAGCUGCUGGGCUUGUACUUGGUGUCGUAGGACUUGUGUUACUGGAGUUACCUGCCUUAUCAUUUGAUGGGAGCGACUUCUCACUGUGGGGAAGUGGGGAGUUGUGGAUGCUUCUUGCAGCUCAGAGCAUGGCAGUUGGCACUGUUAUGGUUCGUUGGGUAUCCAAGUACUCUGAUCCUAUCAUGGCAACUGGAUGGGAUAUUGAAUUGAAGAUGGAUGAUGGUGAUGUUGAUGAGCAUGAAGUGAUGCAAGCUAACUAUGAAGCACUCGAUGAGAUUUUACAUGAGAACGGUCGUGUUAACAUUGAUAGUAAACUGGAUAUUGUUGGUGAUGGAUGCUUGGAUAUUGUUGAAUAUGAUAAUGUAAUUGUUGAUGAAGAUUCUGAGUUUGAAGAAGUUGAAUACGAUGAUGAAGAAGUGGGUGAAGAUGGUGAAUUUGACGAAGGUGAACACGAUAAUGAAGAUGGUAAAUUUGAUGGAGGUGAAUACGAUGAUGAAGACGUAGGUGAAGAUGGUGAAUACGAUGAUGAGACCGGUUCUGGUGAUGUUGGUGUACAAGAGUAUUAGAACACAGAUGCAAACAACGAUGAAAGUGAUGAGGAAGGUUUGGAAUGAAGUUCAGACAAUUUGACUGAAUCAAUAUUUUCAGAUCAAAUUACAGAAGAAUCACAUUUUGUUGACGACAUUGCAAAAAUGGAUAUGUUUAACUUGAAAAAUGAUGAUGUUUCGAAGCUGAAAUUUGGACGUCUAGAAAUUGCUUACAAAUUUUACUGUUGGUUUGCAAAUAUGAACGAUUUUGCUAUCCGUAAAGGUCAAGUUAUUAAAAAUAAGAAUGGAGAUGUUAUUCAACAAAGAUUUGUUUUUAACCUUGAAGGAUUUAGGUAAGACAGAGUAGAGCAAUGCAAGCAUGGUCCGAAGCACGAAAUCAGGUGUAGAUGUGGAGCAAAAUUUCGGGUGCAUAUUGAUAAUAUUUCACAUCAUUAGUAUGUCACCGUUUUUUUCCUUUGAGCACAAUCAUGAAAUGUUAAAGGAAAAGCACUGCAUGUUGUUGGAAGCUAAUAGGAAGCUUAGUCAUUCAGAUAAGAUACAAAUUAAGAAUUUUGGGAAUGCUGGAAUCAAAGUAACUCAAAUGAUUGGUGCAUUUGCAAAUGUUGUCCGGGGGGGGGGGGGGGGUAUGAUAAGGUAUGAAUUUUGAAGAAGGACGUAAAUAAUCAAAUUUCAAGACAAAGAAAAGAGAUGUCUUAUGAUGCUAAAGGUGUUGUUAGGUAUCUUAUAGAUCUUCGUAUUAAAGAUCCAUUGAUGUUUGUUGCAUACACGGGAUACACAACCCAUUUUGGAUCGAUGGUGAAAGUCAAAAGAAUUAAGAAUUGUUUGGUGUUGUGCUUGCUUUCGAAGCCACAUACAAGAAAAAUAAGUACAGGCGCCCCUUUGUUGUUUUUUGGGGUGUUAAUCACCAUAACCAGACGAUUAUAUUUGCUACUGCCAUAAUUUCAAAUGAGGUUGAACGCACAAAUGUAUGGUUGCUAGCAGUUUUUGGUUGCAAAGAAAGUAAGACACCAAUAUCUGUAACAACAGACGAUGAUGUUGCUAUGAGAAAUGCAAUCAGGAAAGUCUUUUCCAACAAUUACCAUAGGUUAUAUGCAUGACAUCAACUAUGAAAUGCAAUUUCCAACAUUGGCAAACCCAAUUUCAUCCCUAUUUUCAGAAAAUGCAUGUUUGGUGAUCACGAUGUUUGAAAAUUUGAGAGUUUGUGGAAUGAAAUGGUAGAUAGGUUUGGUUUAGAAGAGUCCAAUUGGAUAAAUGAGUUGUACCAGAAAAGCAAGAUGUGGGAAAUAACUCAUAUUUGGGGAGAUUUCUUUGCAAGAAUAAGAACGACAUCGCGAUGUGAAGCAUUUCAUAGCCAUAUGGGUCAGUUUGUACACUCGAAGAUGAAUAUAACUGAUUUUCUUAAGCAGUUAUAUAGGUGUGUGGCAUAUUUUCGCUUUAGAGAGGUUCAAGCUAAUUUUCAAUCCCAAUAUGGACAAACAAUGUUGCAUACCAGUCUUAGGGUGCUCGAGAGGUCAGCUUCAAAGCAAUGGACAAAAAAAAAUAUCCGAGAUGGUACAAUCUGUUAUGAAAAAGGUAUCCUUAAUAUCUGUAUUAGAUACUCAAGAUAUGGCGUCCUUUACAAUUUAUGCAAUCACAAAAUAACGAGACGAAGGACAUGGAUGACGUGUUUCCCACUGUCUAUUGAAUAAUGAUUUUAGAUGCUCAUGUCUUAGAAUGGAAUCUAUUGGGAUUCCAUGUGAGCAUACUGUUGCUGUGAUGGUUUAUAUUGAUAUUGUUGAAUUUCCUAAGACUCUUGUGUUGAAUCGUUGGUCAUUAUUUGUGAAAGAGUCGAUUUAUGGAAGUUAUCAAGAUGGUUCACACUACUAGGAUUCACAUUUGGUUGCUAGACACACUAAUUUAGUGAAUCUUAGUAAGGAGAUCGAUGACUUGUCAUAUACGGAUGUUGAUGAUUACAAAAAAUAUAUAUAAUAUCUGACUACUGAACUUAGUAGGCUUAAAUUCAAGUACGAUAAUGACGAUGUUCCAGAUAACAUAUAUGUUGCAGGAGAGUUGGAAAAAAUACUUAACCCUUCAUGUUUAAAAAGCAAGGGUUAUGGACCAGGCACUAUUAGUACAUCGGGGAGAAGUAGGCGGAUACAAACAUAUGGUAUAUGCGGUGCAGUUUGUCAGAUGGAGAGCCUCCUUCAGAUAAUUCCUUACAAAUACCAUCUGUAUGCUUAAGUAAUGACUUAGGCUUUUCAAUUUGAAAAUCAAUGAAGUGAUGAGGUGGCGUCGAAAUGAUGUUUUGUUGCUUGUCUGUUUAAUGCAGUGUUUGUUUCAGUUAAGUAUUAAGAUUUUGGGUCUUGUUCGUUUUAAUUUUUUUUAAAACGUUAAUAUUUUCUUGUAAUUUAUUUUUAAAACAUUAAUAUUAUUAAAACGUUAUUUUUGCUGGCAAUGUUUUGUUGGAGAAAUUCAACAGCAUAUGCUUCAAUGUGCUGGAAUGAUUCAACAGCAUGCAAGCAUACGUUGCCAAGCUA